AUAUGCUUAAAACCAUUAGUAAACCCGGUGGCCAUCUCGUGUUUUCUCCUUCUUCCUAGCUCUGAUAUUCCAGAACCAGCGACAAAUAAUGGCAGCGAAGAACGGAGACAUUCUCAUGCUGGAGGCACCGCCGGAUGCGUCGAGGCCAUGGGCCAGCGCAUCCAAUGCGGAGAUGGUGGACGCAUUGCCGUACAUAGACGAGGACUACGGAAACCCGCAGGUGAAAGCAGAGGUCGAUCGCUUAGUAGAGGAAGAGAUGCGCAGAAGCUCCAAGAAGCCUGCUGAUUUUCUCAAAGAUUUGCCUCCAGUCCCCAAGUUCAAUUUCGAGAACUGCCCCAUGCUUGCCAGAGAGUAUGAGCGAAUAAGAUCUGGGAAGCCUCCUGUGAUGAUUGACUUCAAUGCACGAUAUGAAUUUGACGUGCCAAUUGCAAAUAAGAGAAACGAUGAUACUGCUUGGAAGCAGUCACUUCAAAGAAAUCAACGGUCUUUGCGACAAAAAAUGAUCGAGUUGGAAAAUUUGGACUUAAUGGCAAAAUAUGGCCCUGAACUCUGGAGACAAAACAACCAACGAUUGGAAGCAUUCUUAUCCAGAAUGAGAAAAUUGGCUCAGGAGUAUCAUGAAAAGAUUGAAACUGUAAAUCGUGAAAGAAAAUACCAUCAGCAAAAUACUGCAUAUGAGCUCAAUGCUUUGUCUGCACAGUGGAACGAGCUGUGUCAAAAGAAUAUUGAAAUUCAAGCUGUUUGUUCUAAACUAGAAAGCCAUAUAGACGAAUUGAAAAGAGAAGCUUCAGAAAGGAGCUGGAACUUGGAAGCUAAUUUAGACAAUGGCUCUUUGGCACAUUAAUGGAGGUAAGAAUUUCUCUUGUUAAUUUGAUAGUUGAAAGAGAUCGUUGACUGUGGUCUGCAUUUCUUCAAGAAGAAUUAUGGCUACAGUCUGAUGGUAACAUGCUAGAAUCUGCAUAACAAAAUGUGGAUUUAAAUGCCUCACAAACAAAAGAUUGUUUGAAUGUUGCAAAGAGGAUGAAUUGGUAAUUUCCUACCGGGGGUGCUAAUAUUGGUUGGGAAAUGUUAGGAGCUGACUGUGAGUUGUGAAGAAAUUUAGGAAGAAGAAGAGUUGCAACAGAAGUAGAAAAGACUUUAGGUGAGGAUGAAAACAGAAUUAGGGAGAAGAAAUGUUGAAAAUGUAGAAAAGAAAGGAGGAAUUGUUGUAGAGAGAAAAGCUGUAUUUUUCGAUUGAAUUUUCUUCUUUUAAUCACUUCACACUCUGUCCUAUUUAUUUCCUUCUGCUGUAAUAUAGGAAUAGAACAAAUAAUCUGUUAGUGACACCUCAAUCGUACAAUCACCUGGUUAACUAUAUAUUUCACAUGGGCCUGGCAUUACUCCCUCCACGAAAAUAAUCCUUGCCCUCAAGAACUAGUACCUUCCUGAAUUUGUCACUAUUCUACAUUAAUGGAACUUGAAUUUUCAUCUCAGAACUUCAAGACAUUGAAUCUAGCCAUUACCAGAGCAUCAUUAUCAUCAGAUUGACUGGUUAUACUUGAAAUAGGGAAGUCCUGGCUGAUAUCUGCAGUGGGACUACCCUUAAUUUUCUAAUUUGAAAGUUUCAACCUUGUCCAAGUCAGGAGGAACUUUGGACCAUGAUUCGUUUUUUGCAUCUUAUAUGGCAUUCAUGGACUUUGAGUCUUGAACCUUAUAUCUGGUCAUAGGAUCUGUCAUCUGGCUGCCUGCACCUAUUGCAACAGAACCCUGAAGCAAAGAACCAACAAUCCCGCUACACUUCACAAUUCUAAAUUUUCAAAUGUGCUUGAAGCAGGAGAUUACUUAGACCUUGAUGGUGACUCUGCAUCUGUCGACUUUUCUCCUGUCAUUUGCAAUUGGCCUUUUUCCAUCUGUCUUCGUUGGACUAAAGCGAGCCAUCUACCCAAAACACCAGCUGCAGCUACCUUUACAUCUGAGGAUUAAGCAAACUCGGACCCUUGAGAAGCAAUACAUUCAACCGUACAUCUCCCUGCAACUUCUCUAUAAGCUGGCCAAACUUUUGGUCAAAGAGAGCUAAUCUUUGGUUGACGAACGCCUUAGUCAGUUGCUGAGAGUUGUAGAUCUCAGACAUGAAGUCUGAGAAUCUUUGGUCUAUAUCUUGAACAUUUUCUUCUAGGGUUUGUAACUUCUGUGGUUCGGUCACCACGGGUUUUCCUUUAUUUUUCGCCAUAGACAUGAAGCUCGCUAGGGUUUCUUCUGGAUCAAUCUGCUUUGGUACCAAGUUCUUGGGAGCUGGCCCUGACAUGUACCUCAGUUUAUGCCGUAAAACAGAGAAAAUAGAUGAGAAUGAAGAUAUAGAAGGAGAUAGAGACCGAACCGAGAGGAGAUAAAGAAUUUGAGGGAGAAAAAUGAAAAUAUAUUUAAAAUAUUUCAUACCAUGUUUAGAUCUUCGGAAAUAGAAGAUUAUAUACAAAGAAAAGAGACUGAAAUGCCAUGAAUCUGUCCAGGUUGCCGGAAACCCGAGAGCCUGAUUCAGAAAAAUUCUAAGCGGCAGGAUGGAUCCACCGGUUCCUAAAACCUAACAUAUUAUUUGCCUUAAAUACCCUUAGUGAUCGCCCUCCAGGUGGUGCCUUGCUGAAGAUCGGAUGGCCAAGAUAUCUCCUCCAAUCAACACAGUGUGUGUAGGAUCCUCUGGCUAGGAAGGUGCCGUGCAUUCCUAACGCUUCCCCGAUCUACACCACGUGUUAAAAUCUCCUGGAGUAUACUUUAAGUCUGUUUGUUCCCGUCUCAGUUUCACCCUCUUCAUGCACCCGUCGUGAUCAUCUGUUGCCAUUAUCAUCCUGUAUCCUUUUUAAUUUCCUGCUUACCUGCUUAUCUUCACUUUUGCACUCCCCUUUUGAGCCUUGCUUCCAGCCCGAUUUUUGUCUGAAUUUUCUGGGAUUCUAACAGAAGGUAUAAUCAGUUUCAUGUCAAAAUUGGAGGGGAGAAGUGCAGGUGAUAUGAUGUGUCUGAAUUGAUUGCUUAAUGGUUGAAUAAUCCUUUUGGAUCUAGCUGCUGAGGUUGUUCCCAAGACUAGAAGAGUAGUGGUUUAUCUUGAAGUGCGAAGGAAGAUUUAUUGUUCUUUAUUUGGUAAAUUAAGUGAGAAGGAUCAUUUGUGUGUUAAAGUCGGAUUAGUUAUAGGUUAUAUGCGAAUAACUAACUUCAAUUUUAUUGUAUAACUUUAUGUUAUCAACUAAGUUGUGCACUAUGGCCACCUUUGGUAGGUAUUUUAGUAGGUUAUUUAUGAAUUUGCGGAGAUGAAUUUAAAAGCAUUCUAUAAUUUGAAAGCCAUAUAACCAUCAAAAGUAAAUACUCACUCAAUUAGUAAAGAUAAAAGUCCUUAAUUAGUAAAAUUAUAUAACUACUAAAUGGUGAGAAAUGAACAUUUUAGUUAAUAGGUACUACUUAAAGAUACUGAUUUUAAAAUUCUUGCUUAAAAUUAAAAACAUAGUUGUAACUUGCAGGUUUUGAAAAUCUUUGAUCCUUAAAUUGGUUCUUGAAAACCAUGGUUCACGAAUGUCAUUUCACAGCGUAAAAUCUUAAAGUUCAGAAAAAC